CGCAGAAAAACGCGUCGCAAUUGCGGUUGAAAAACCACGUGAUCUGCGUUAUAUAAAUAGCAAGCCACGAGUCAUAUGUUUGAAGAAGACAAACAGAAAUCUCUCAUGAAGGAAGUGUGAUCGACAUUAUCUGAUGACCAUGUUUUGGAAUCUGCCUUUUCGUGCAUCUGUCUAUAACAAACUCAUCUUUGUGCUUCGAAAUUAGCGUGCUCUUUGGUAUUCAUUUUGAGAGUAAAAAGCACAGCGAAAUUUGCUUGACCGUUGGCCGUUAACGUGUGUUGUUCAAAGCGUGCUGUGCACGGGGAAGUCGUGCAAUGAAUUUCUUUGUCUGCUCUCAAAUCAAGGCGAUUGGCCUGUUUGUUACGUUAUUUGGUAAGUCAAUCGAUGAAUUAUCGGUCAGAACUUCGAAGGAUUGUGACUGAAUUUGCUUUGUUUUUACUUUUGGUUAUUAACUAGCGUAUGCGACGAGUCAAGACACAGGUACCUUUUCUACGAAACCGAAAGAUAAGGAGGUAUUUGUCGGAAAGGAUGUACAGUUUGAUUGGGAAUAUGUUAAGGAAGACGUUCAAGAUAUCCAAUUCGGAGUUGUUAUCAAAAAUAAUAAUGUAGCCAUUCUGGUUAUGACCGACAACGGAACUAAACAGAACAACCUACACAAGGAUGUUGAAUGGGUUCGAGACAGAGUUGAGAUCGUCCCUGGCAAGCGAGCGAGUUUUAAGAUUAGGAAUCUUGAAAUGGAAGACUCUAGGACUUUCUUUUGUCAAAUAAGAUAUGGAAAUCAUGGAAUAACCGAAAGUGACGAAGUCAAACUGUCUGUUGUCGGUGAGUAGUAUGCAAAUAAUUUUUUCAAUACACUGAUUCUUAAAUUUACGCGCGCGUAAUUUGAAUUUUGUUUUGAUCAGUGUUCCAGAGGUUGUCUUGGAAGAUCUUCAAAACAGUUGCAAAGAUGUGUAAAUUAAUUUUGCAUUAAUGAUGGUGCGAAUCUCUUUUUUGAAUAUGGUCAAUAUUUUUGGAUUUAACUCGUUUCUUUGUCAAAAGAAACCAAAUAUUGUGCAGGGCGAUAAUAGUUAUAAUGUAGCGGCGCGACUCUCGAUAUAUGAAUGAUGUCAUUUAUUAUUCUAAUGGAGAUCAAGCUUGCUUAUUAGUUAGUGCCUUCUGGAAAAGGCUAAAAAGAAAGAACAUUUAAGAUCAACAACGUUCGAAAGCUAGUUGGUCAAAAUAAAGUCUGAAAAUAGUGGGAUGUUUAUCAUUUAGCACCAUAAUGUUUUGUUUAUCCCUUUGUACUAAUUGGCGUGCUCUCGGAAAGGAAGGGAAAUCCAUGGCGUGAUAAAAAUAGUAAGACGUGAUAUCGCGUUCGAAUUAGCAAGUUGUUAAUUGCAUAGAACAAGGAAAUUUUUAUUUGUUUGGAAUCUAGCACGUAAUCGACUAUCCUGUUGAUACGUGGAUAAAUAUUUUGAAAAUGCAUCAGUUUGGACAGGCUCUGAACGUUUGUUCAUCAAGGAAUUUUAUUAGGGAAAUUUUUUCAUGUUUGCGUGGCUUUCAGUUUGUUCUGACAUUCUAGUGCGUUCUAAUACAAAAUCAACACGAGAAUGGGAAGUAGUUGUUCAUUUCUGACCUUCGUGAAACGCCUCUAGUUCUGAGUUUGCAUUUCCCCGCGCGUCAAAGUUUUUCUUCGAACAAAUUUUGACCGCGAACUGUCAACAUCGUGUUUUAUUUGUGAUACAUCCAGAUAAGGAUCACUUUCCUGUUGUUUGCGGUGUCUUCCAUACUGAGACCCAACUGUGAAAACGUUUCUCUCUAAAAUGUUGUUUUGAUUGUUUUUUCUCUUUUUCUUUGGUGAAUCGUGGCAUGGAAAGAAUUCAAUUUGAUGUUUCAUCCGAUUUGACACUUAGAGGAGAAUCUGCCCUCUGGCCAAAUUUUCUUGGCGAUAUGAGUUCUGUUUAUCGUGGUAGUCAGCUAUCUCACUUUAUCUGCAUAUUCCUCGUAUUUGUAAUGUGUUUCUUUUAUUUUCUGAAGGCAGGUGUUCAAAACCCACAAAUUGACUUAGUCAUGAAAUUAUAAUUUUGCACCUUCAAUACACAUUUUUUUGUAAUAUCUACUUUUUAGAAAUAGGGAUGAUAGCUUAGCUUCGAUUUCUGUUGAGGAAAGGAAAAAAUUACGACCAUCUUGUUUACAAAAAAACCCAAAAUUGAAAAUUUAUAAGUUCAGUGUGAAACUUAAGGAUUGUCAGUAUAAUCAUAAUUUUUUGUGAUGAAUAUUUAUACAAGUUAUAUGUAAUUUUGUUCUCAAUUAUGGUCAAAGUGCUGCUCUCUUGUUCUAUCUCUUUGAACCCAUUUUAGGGGAAACAAUUUAUGGUAGGUAAUAAUCAUUGGAAGAAAAAGUCUUGAAUAAAGAUUGUUGUUUUGAGUGGAAAGGAAUUUUUGAGAAUGGUAAUAGCCAAAAUACCAUAUAAUAAUAAUGAAAAUUCUAGCAUCUAUGAAAAAUUACGUGUAACUUCUCUUUUGCCGAGUUGAUCAGGCAAUAAAUAUGUGUGGAUGUGGAAUCAGGGCAAUGUAUACAGUAGAAUGUUACAUGAUUGUCUAUAUAUCAGGUGGAAUUUUUUUCUUGCUUUUAAGUGCAAAAAUAUAAAUUUCUGCACCUUGUUGGGCUAUUAUAAAAUCUUGAUUAUUUUGAAAAAACUUUAGAAAAAUCCUCAUGCAAAACUUUUAUUAAGAUUACACUGCUGGAAAGAAAUAUAUUUCAUUCCAGUGGUUAUGAUUUAAUUUAGUGUAUAAAGGAUUUUUUUUCCAUUUUAGGAAGUGUUUGCUUAAAAUAGUUGUUAUGAUCCUCAAGAAGACAUUUAAUGAAAAAUGUUUGAUAAUAAAUUUAACUAAAUGAUGAUAUGUUAAAGAAGAUAAAUUUUCUUAUGGUAUGUAAUGUGAAAUGGGUACAGUGAGUGAUGUGGAAGAAUUUUUAAAGUGCUAAAAAUUGCAUUUGGUGUGGAAAUUAUGAAAUUUUGCUUUUAGUCAGCUGUCAAUUGUCAAGUCUUCAUUAAUGAUUAAAAACCAUUAGAUUUUCAUUUUCAGAUGAGUGAAUAUGGCUGCAGGUAUAAAAUAUUGAUUCAUCUAGACCCUGACACCUUUUCUGAGAAUUAUGAAAUACAUUUUAACCUUUAAACCCCUGCAAGUGACUAACAUCCAAUUCUCUUUACAAUAUUUCUCCUGAAUCACCCAUUAAGAUCAAGAGAAUAUCAGAAAUGAUCACCAACUGAAGAGGCUCUUGAUUGUUAAACAAAUUCUCCUUGUCAGCACCUUAGGAAAUAUAUAGAGAACUGUAUGGAGAAUAUGCAUACUGAUGUUGACAUGUAAAGCAUUAAUCGAUGAAAACAUAUGCCUCUGGUAUCUCUUCUUUUGUAAUAAGGCACUGACAUUUACAGCAUAUGUCUAUUCAAUGACUUAAAAUGCAAUACUCCUUAAGCUUCAUAGUGAAUGAUUUUUUCAAUUUAGUUGUAAAACUAUCGAUAUGAUAAUUAUUAACUUUGCAAAAUAUGUGAAAUCUUGUUUCUCUAUCAAGUUUGAAUUUUUUUACCUGUGAUAAAAUAUAAAAUGAUAUGUUGAUUUUCAGCUUGUUCAGAAAUGUUUUCUUUUUUUUUUAAUUUUUUUUUACCUAUAAGUGAGCACUCUCUUUUUUAACUUUUUAACAGCUAAAAACCAUAAUGGAGAACCUCAGAGUAUGCUGCAGAACAGGUCCUCCAGAGAUUUUUGUCUCUGCCACUCAAAAGACUAUUAUAAAGAUUUUAAUACAACCUAUCAUGUCUUACUUUUUUUAACUGCUAAUUUAAAGUGACUGGCAUUGAAUUUCUCAAUGUAGUCUCACCAUUGAAUCAAACAUUAAGGUCAUGACAAUAGAAAGAAUGAUUGUUUAAAGGUGCUCUUGAAUGUUAAACAAAUUCUCCUGGUAACUGAAAUGUAUGGAGUACAGCAAAGAGAAUAUCAAUACUGAUAUUAGGCUGGGAAGGGUUUAGAGACCAAAGAUAAACCUACUGAUGUUCACUGUUUCAAGAUUCAAGGCCUUCUUUCACUCUCAAUAUCUCAUUGGUAAUUCUCUUUACUGUCUGCCAUGCAAUUCUUGUGCUUUUAGCUUGGAGAAUUAGGUAUUAGAUCAACUUGUAAUCCCCCAAUUGAUAUUUUUCUCUAUUCUCGUCACUUGUCUGCUGGAUAUUGUAUCAAUUUUGUUGGGAGAAAUUCUGUCUUGGUCACUUAUGGGAGGUAAAGGGUGACAGGCUGCUUGAGAAGCUCUCUAUGGUGGCCAGUUUACACCAGCUUAGUUGAUAAAAUGACUCUAUCUUUGAAAGAUUGUUUCUCUUUGCAAUCUCUAAACAAACUCUGUGUCAUGACAUCAUAAUUACUUUUUGAUAGUGGAGGUAAAAACUAGGAACUUAGCAGUGUUCUUCUUUUCAGACAGUAAAUGGUAACAUUUACUGGCUGUACCUCUUUUUAUUACCUAAAUUGCUUGAAAUUAUUUAAAAUUUGACAGGAAAAAGGAUCGCUCUACUGGCUUGAAAGUUCAUAUUUCCUGUUGUGUUCAAAUUAUGGGAGAUCACUAACCUACUGUUGUGUACAAUCAGCAACGACAAACUUAUUUUCCUUAACAAUUGAAAUACAUAUCUAACAACGCAUAUGUACAAAAUAGGGAAGCUAGUUGCGUGCUCUUCUCCUUUUAGUCUCUGAUUGUGACAAUCAUUCAUACGCUAUUUUUGCCAUAUUCUAGAUCUCUUGAUAGAUAAGUCUGCCUCUGAUGUCAGUAAAGAGUCUUGGUUGAACAACAAGAUAUCAGUAGUUUGUGCGGUGAAGAUUCCGGAGGGCGAUACAGCAAUGUUCUCAUGGAUGCAUAUCCCAUCAAACACAACAGUACCCAAGGGAUGGCAUGAUGACACAGCUAGCAAGAGCUACCUACAAAUGGUUACCAAAGAGGAUGUUGAGUUUGAGACACUGCAAUGCCAAGCCAAGAACAAACACACUGUAAAAUACCAUGCAGUCAAUGUCAAAAAGCUCAGUAAGUGUUAUUAACCCUGUUACACACAAGAUCUUUGUAUCAAUUCUCCCAUCUGUCUGCCCUACAUUUCUUUGAAUUUUCGCUGUGAAAGUUUUGUGUUAAAUUAAACAAUACCUUGGUAUUGAUUUUUUCCCUUUCUUUGCAAGAUCUUUCUGCUUGAUACCAUAUAUGAUAAGGAGAAUUCCCCUCCUUAAUGAUAACCUGAAUUAUUAACCAUUUAACACCUAAUAGUGACUAACAUCUAAUUUUUCCUCUCAAAUCGCCCUUAACUCAAACAUUAAAGUCUUGAGAAUAAAGGAGAAGAACACCGACUAAAAAAUCUCUUGAUUGCUGAACAAAUUCUCCUUGUCAGAACCUAGGAAAUGUCUAGGGAGAAGUAUGGAGAAUAUGCAUACUGAUGUUACAGUGUAAAGGUUUAAAUAAUGCAUUUUUAUUGGGUCUCAAUUCUGAUCUAAUGGGGUCACCAUUAACAUCAUUUUGCCUUUUAUCAUACGAUAAACAUAAAUCCUGUAACCCCUGAAAGUGACCAGCAUCUAAUUUCUCCUUACAAUAUCAUCCCAGAAUCACAUAUUGAGGUCACGAGAAUGAAGGAAAUGAUCACCACCUAAAGAAACUCUUGAUUGUUAAACAAAUUCUCUUAGCCAGCACCUUAGGAAAUGUAUAGAGAACAGUAGAGAGAAAAUACAUAAUGAUGAUAGGGACUGUAAAGGGUUAACAAAUAGAUUCCAUUUUGCCAAAUGUCUAGCUUUUGAGUUGCUUCUAGGUUGUUCAAUGGAUGUUAGCUGGGAGUCUUAAAUUUAGUUUGCUGUUGUCAGUUGAUAUCAGAGUGGAAAUCUCUCUAAUUCUCAACUAAAUUGUAAGGAUACUUUUUGUUACAGCUCCACCAUCACCACCAAGAAAUCUUAAAACACAAACAGUAUUUGAUGAAGCGGCAAUUUAUAUCCAACUGAAAUGGGAUCCCCCAUCAACAGAUGGUGGCACAGAAAUCAAGCGUUAUGUUAUUCAAUAUGUGGCUAAAGGUCUCUCGUGGAAGUCACCGAACAAAGCCGAAACUACAAGUACUGAAUAUAGCGGCCUGAGACUUCCAAAUGGAAAGUACAAUGCUAGAGUCAGGGCCCAGAACAAGGCAGGCUUAGGACCCCCUUCAAAUGAAGUGAUUAUAGAUCUUGGUAAGUCUAUACUUUUGACCCUAUAUGGUGUAUAUCAGGGGUGA